AUGGAGGAUACUGAAGGAGAGCUAAGUAAAAUAACUGACAUACUUUCUACGUUCUCUUCAGAAGAUCAAAAUGAAUUAAACCCUUUGCAAGAGAUCUUCGGUGCGCACUCGAGCUCGUCAACGCUUGUCUCUCCUGAGCCUGAGGAUUCAGAGAACGAUGAUCAGAGAGACACAAGUGAUGAUCAUUACAACAAGAGUAAGCGUACGUUGAUGGAGAAGAAAAGACGACAGAUUAUUAAAGAUAAAGUAGAUAGGUUGCUGGCUUUGACGCCUUAUUCCGAAAAGGUUAAUAUACUUCAUACAUAUAUAGGAGAGUCGAAUACAAUAUCACCAUUUUAUGCAGCUCAAGCACCAUGUAUGGCUCCUCCAUACACUACUCCUUGGUGCUAUUAUGUGCCAGGAAUCCCAAUGAUGCCUCACCACAACAUUCCCUUUAACCCGCAAUCUCAUCAGGCACAUGACACGGCGCCGCCUGAUAAAACUCAAUAA